GUGUCUUCUCAUGACAUAUGGCUGUCAGUAUGUAGCUAUGGUGUGUCGCCUAUUUCACAACCAACACGGAACGGCAUGGAUUCCUAUUGAAUGGGACUUCAAUUGGACUUCGGUUUUGCUGCGGUGGCUUAGGUUGGGUUUGUGUGAUUCCCGGUUUGGGGGAGGUCCAGUAGUCGCGACCAACCGCCCCCGUCGUGCUGCCGUACACCGGUAGAGCUGCCGGGAAGCAGGGUCUCAGUGCCGGUGCGAUCGGACCGAGGUUCGGUCGGCUCUGACCGCAACGUCGGGAACCAGGGAGUGUGUUUAGUAUCCUUCUACCACCAGGACGAAAAAAAACCUGGACACCUACGGACGACGCGGACGGCGACACGUACAGAACAUGUUGGGGGGACUGUGAGCUCGGCGACGGAGGUCUUCAGUCUGUCCAGUCUAGUUGGUGCGGAUCUAUCUCAGGAUGGCCGCAGACGGAGCUACAAUUAAGAGUCGGAUCCGGAGCCUCCUCCGAUCUCCGUCCAUCAAACUGAGGAGGAGCAAGGCGCAACACAAGGAGAACCUCGGGAGCAAGGUGGUUCUGGAGAAGGUUCUGGGCAUCACAGCACCGGGGAACCGAGCCCUGGCCUGCGACCCGCGGAGCGGACUGGUGGCCUACCCUGCUGGGUGUGUGGUGGUUCUGCUGAAUCCAAAGAAGAACAAGCAGCAUCAUAUCUUCAACCAUUCCAGGAAGACCAUCACCACCCUGGCCUUCUCCCCUGAUGGAAAAUACAUCGUCACAGGAGAGAGCGGCCACAUGCCAGCAGUGCGUGUGUGGGACGUGUCUGAGUGUGUCCAGGUGGUGGCGCUGCAGGAGCAUAAGUACGGCGUCUCCUGCGUGGCCUUCUCCCCCAACAGCAAGUACAUCGUCAGCGUGGGCUACCACCACGACAUGAUCAUCAACGUGUGGAGCUGGAAGAAGAACGUGGUGGUCUCCUCCAACAAGGUGUCUAGUCGGGUGACGGCCGUCUCCUUCUCCGACGACAGCUCCUACUUCGUAACCGCCGGCAACCGACACGUCAAGUUCUGGUACCUGGACCACACCAAGACCUCCAAGGUGAGCUCCACGGUGCCCCUCUCUGGCCGCUCCGGCCUGCUGGGGGAGCUCCGCAACAACUUCUUCAGUGACGUAGCGUGUGGGCGGGGCAAGCAAGCGGCCUCCACCUACUGCAUCACCUCCUCCGGCCUGCUCUGCGAGUUCAACGAGCGCAGGCUCCUCGACAAGUGGGUGGAGCUACGGAGAGUGGACUCAGUUACAACGUGUCAGGCUACGUGUGUGUGUGUGACGGAGGAGCUGCUGUUCUGUGGCUGUGCUGACGGGACCGUCCGGGCCUUCAGUCCGGUCACCCUCCACUUCCUGUUCACCAUGCCCCGCCCACAUCCCCUGGGCUGUGACAUCAGCAGCCUGCGGCACGCUAGCCAGCUCUUUGCCCCCCAGCCCUCGGUGCGGUACCCUGAUGCGGUGUGUGUGAGCUACGACCCGACCAGCCGCUGGUUGUCGUGUGUGUACAGCGACCACAGCGUCUAUGUGUGGGACGUCCGGGAUCCCCAGCGCCCCGGGAAGCUGUACUCUGCCCUCUACCACUCGGCCUGCGUCUGGGGUCUGGAGGUGUGUCCGGAGGGAGGAGGAGGAGGAGGAGGAGGAGGAGGAGGAGGAGGUCACCUCCCUCUGGCUCCUGGCUCCUUCCUCACCUGCUCCGGGGACAACACCAUCCGGCUGUGGAACACAGACGGACUCAACACCCCCAAGAAUAUACUGAGUCAGGACCUGGUGUCGGUCAUCUACACCGACCCCUCCCUGGCCGGACUGACGGACACUGAGGGCGUUGCCCAGGGGAACCAGGAGAAGGCGGGGUCAGGGGCGGAGCCUCAGACCUCUGAGACCAGGACAGGCCUCCGGACCCUGUGCAUCAGCCCUGACGGCCUGCACCUGGCCUCAGGGGACCGCAUGGGCAUCCUCAGGAUACAUGACACUGAGAACAUGGAGGAGAUUCUGAACGUUCAGGCUCAUGACUCUGAGAUCCUUUGUCUGGAGUACUCUCAACCGGACACAGGUCUGAGGCUGCUGGCGACGGCCAGUAGAGACCGUCUGAUCCACGUGUUGGACGCGGCGCGGGACUACAGCCUCCUGCAGACGCUGGACGAGCACUCGUCCUCCAUCACCGCCGUGCGCUUCGCCGCCAAUGAGGGGAAGGUGAGGAUGGUCAGCUGUGGAGCUGAUAAGAGCAUCUACUUCCGCACCGCGCACAAGACAGAGGAGGGCAUGGAGUUCUCCAGGACUCACCAUGUGGUCCGGAAGACCACCCUCUAUGACAUGGACAUCGACUCAACCAGGAAGUAUGCCGCUAUUGGCUGUCAAGACCGCAGCAUCAGGAUAUUUAACAUCAGCAAUGGUAAACAGAAGAAGAUGUAUAAAGGUUCUCAAGGAGAAGAUGGAACGCUCAUCAAGGUGCAGACGGAUCCCUCGGGGCUCUACAUCGCCACCAGCUGUUCCGAUAAGAACAUCAGCAUCUUCAACUUCUACUCAGGAGAAUGUGUGGCCACCAUGUACGGCCACUCAGAGAUCGUAACAGGGAUGAAGUUCACUAAUGACUGUAAACAUCUCAUCACCGUCUCUGGAGAUAGCUGUAUAUUCGUCUGGCGGCUGAGUGCUGACCUGACCAUCAGCAUGCUGCAGCGACUGGCUGACCUUCGACCUCAGAGCAAGACGCCUCAGUACAACCCCAGGCGGGAUCUCCAUGGCUCCGCCCCCAUCGUCAACAUGUCGUCUGACAGCGAUAAGGAGGAAGAGGAGGAUGAGGAGGGUGGUGUUUCGUCGGGGCGAAAGGAUGAGAUCACAGUAGGGACCAAGCAGGAGAAAGCCGCCAAGAAGUCCCCAGAGAGCAGGAAGGGGGCCUCUCGCACGCCGCGCCGCCGCUGGUCCCGGCGGGCCGAGACCGCCGACCGCCUGAUGGGGGUCCAGUCCAUGAUGGACCUCCGACACCUGGACCACUACGCAGACCCGGAACCGGACCCGGACCCGGACCUGGACCUGGACCUGGACCUGGAGCAGCCGGGACCGGAUAAUCUCCGCCCACCUCACUUUAAGGACCGCCCCCUUGAUGCCCAGAGAGGGGAGGAGCUUGGAAGUACAGUUAGUCUGCAGGUCACCUCCACCUGGGCUGAGGACGGUGGCAUGAGGACCAGAGAGAGGCCGGGGUAUAUCCGCCUGUCUCCAGAUGUGGACGAGCCGGUGGUCUACCCCCCCUGCUGGGAGGACCGCGUCAGCCUGGGGGGUGAGUUCCAGGUGAAAGAGGUGCUCGGGGGCUCCCAGAGGGGGGGUCCAGACGAGCCGAGCCCCGACAGCGCCUGCUCCCUGGGCUACUGCCCCUCCACCAGCCCCCCCUGCAGCCCCCCCACACACAGCCACCCGCAGGACGAGGAGGAGGAGGAGGAGUCCAGGAGGAAGCUGGCCCCCCAGACCCCCGACCAGGAGGCCUUCCUCAAGCAGCACUUCGUCACCCUGGCCGACGACACCCCCUCAGGGAGUCCCAGCCGCAGCGCGCAGAGCUCCAGCGAGAACCUCAGCAUCUCCUCCAGGUUCCACUGCCAAGGAACACAGAACCCUCCCCCCAGGAGGGCUGUGUUCCCAUUCUCCUCUGAGAACCCGAGUCAGCCCAGCGAGGCCUGGGCCAGGAAGAAACCCCCGGGGGGGGCGGAGUCUAAGAGGAGUGUGGGGGGCGUGGCCAGGGGUGUGGCCUCAUACCUAAGCUCCUCCUCUGGCCUCCGAAAGGCCAAAUCUGUGCAGAGUCUGAUGCCCGACCCAGCAGAGAAGCCCAUCUCUCGCCCCUCCAGGGAGGUGGCCCCCCUUCCCCAGCGCCCCACGACCCUCCCCUCCUCCCCCCGACGCCCCGCCCCCUCUACCCUGCCCACCUCCCCCCGGCCACGCCCAUACCCGCUGGCGGUCUGCCCCGUCGCCAUCAACAACCACAGCAGCAGCGCUAAACUCAGCCCCGUCAGCGCUAGCAUCCCUGCUGGCGUCGUCGCUAGCAGCCUCGCCGCUAGCAACGUCACCGCUAGCAACAUCCCUAGCAGCCCCGUGGCUAGCAGCGUGGCUAGCAGCGUGGCCAGCAGCGAUGCGUACGUUAGCUUCCCUGCUAGCGACGCGGCGGCUAGCGGCCUGCGGCGCGCGUCCCGCUCCUACAUGAGCCCGACCACCAGCUCCAUGGCCAAGAUGUCCCGCUCCGCCUCGCUGGGGGACGGCCUGGACACCCUCGCCGAGGACCGCCCGCCAGGGGGCGGGGCCUGUGCUAUGCCCGCGCCCCCCAGCGCCAGCGUGGUCCCCACCCUCAUCUCCGGCCCAUCCGUCGUCGCCGCCUCCUCCUUUGGUAACCACGGCAACCUGCAGGCGAAGCUCAGCGUGGAGUUUGGCCACGCCCUCCCCGACAAGCCCAGCCUGGCGGCGUUCUCGCCGGCCGCCAGGACGGCCCCUGGCUCCUCCUCUUCCUCACCAGCGCCCCUGCGGACCCCCCAGGGCCCCCAGGCCCCAGUGCAGAGCUCCACCUCAGAGACCUGGAACGAAGGGGUGGUCCCCACCGCGGAGCUGCACCACCAGACCUCCCAGGCCCCAGUGCAGAGCUCCACCUCAGGGCCCUCGAGUGUGGAAGUGGUCCCCACCGUUGAGCUGCACCACCAGAUCCCCCAGGCCCCAGUGCAGAGCUCCACCUCAGAGGCCUGGAGUGAGGACGUGGUCCCCACCGCGGAGCUGAACCACCAGACCUCCCAGGCCCCAGGGCAGAGCUCCACCUCAGAGCCCUCGAGUGUGGAAGUGGUCCCCACUUUGGAGCUGCACCACCAGACCCAAGCACAGAGCUCUACCUCAGAAUCCUGGCCAGAAGGAGGGGUCUCCACAACGGAGCUGCACCACAAGGACCCAGCGCAGGGCUCAACUCCAGAUCCCUGGAGGGAGAGAGUGGUCCCCACCGCGGAGCUGCACGUCCAGGCCCUAGACACCAGCCAGGACGAGAAAAGAGGCGAUGACGAGUCUUCAGUGAGCCUGGAGGUCUGCAGAGAGGCGGCUGCUGAGCUCCAGAGGACCUUCAGGAGGGCAGCGCACCUCCACAGCCUGGUGAGCAGUAGCUCCGCCCCCGCCUCAGCCCCUGAUAAAGAUGAGAUGAACAAGGUCCUAUCAGAGGCCUUUGGCAGCCUGAGGGCGGAGCUAAACACCCCAACCCUGGGAAGGCUGGACCCGCAAUGCAUGCUGGGAGGAGAGGAGCGGGCCCUGGACCUGCUGGAGCGCUACUCCCAGCUCCUCCUGCAGGCUGUGGAGAAGAAGCUGGAGCCCCACUAG